UACUUUUAUAUAAUCCCCAUUUUCUAUCUUCAAAUUUACCCCCACACAUCUGAUUCCUCACGAUGGAAAGUGGAAGCAGCGCCGCCCAGAAACUCACCACCGCUCACGGCGCCGCCGCCUCCACCGCCGUCGGCGUCGGCGUCCAGGUCCACCAGAGCUACAAACUCCCAGACUUCCUCCUCAGCGUCAACUUAAAGUACGUCAAGCUGGGUUACCACUACUUGAUCUCAAACCUACUAACCCUCUCCUUGACGCCGUUAACUGCCGCCGUCAUCUUCAAAGCCAUGCACACAACUCCCGACGACUUACGCCGUCUGUGCCUCCAUCUGCAGUACAAUCUCGCCACCAUCGUCACGUGCUCCGCACUCCUCGUAUUCGGAUCCACCUUCUACAUCCUGACCCGAACCCGACCCGUUUACCUGGUUGACCACUCCUGCUACCGCCCGCCGAACAGUCUCAAAAUGCCCGGUCAAAUGUUCCUGGACCGAAUGCGGAUCGCCGGCUGCUUCGACGAAUCUUCGCUCGAGUUCCAGCGGAAGAUUCUCGAACGUUCCGGACUCGGCGACGACACGUGUCUCCCGGAAUCGAUGCAUGUGCUUCCUCCCAUCCGGCGGCCGACGAUGAACGCCGCCAGGAAGGAGUCGGAGCAGGUGAUCUUCGGCGCACUGGAUAAUCUAUUCGCCAACACCAAAAUCAACCCCAAGGAAAUAGGCAUUCUGGUGGUGAAUUCGAGCCUGUUCAAUCCGACGCCGUCUCUAUCUGCCACGAUCGUAAAUAAGUACAAAUUGAGGGGUAAUAUCAGGAGCUUAAAUUUGGGCGGGAUGGGGUGCAGCGCCGGAGUAAUCGCCGUCGAUUUAGCCAAGGACUUACUCCAGAUCCACAGAAACACAUACGCCGUCGUCGUUUCGACGGAGAACAUCACCCACAAUUCCUACAGAGGGACACAAAAAUCGAUGCUGAUCCCCAAUUGCCUCUUCAGAGUCGGCGGCGCCGCCGUGCUGCUGUCCAACAAAUCCUCCGACAGAAAAACCGCCAAAUACAAACUCCUCCACAUCGUCAGAACUCACAGAGGCGCCAACGACAAAGCCUACCGGUGCGUGUACCAGGAAGAAGACGAAGAAGGGAAGACAGGGGUAAAUCUGUCCAAAAAUUUAAUGGCCAUCGCCGGUGGGGCCCUCAAAACAAACAUAACAACCCUGGGCCCACUCGUUCUCCCAAUCAGCGAGCAGCUUCUCUUCUUCGCCAAUCUGGUGUUCAAUAAACUGCUGCCUAAUAAUAAAAAAAUAAUAAAAAGGGGUUAUAUUCCUGAUUUCAAAUUGGCGGUGGAACACUUCUGCAUACACGCCGGAGGAAGGGCGGUGAUAGACGAGCUGGAGAAGAAUCUGGAUCUGGAGGAGGUACACGUGGAAGCUUCUAGAAUGACUCUUCACAGAUUCGGGAACACUUCUUCGAGUUCGAUCUGGUACGAGUUGGCUUAUAUAGAGGCGAAAAGAAGGAUGAAGAAAGGGAAUAGGGUUUGGCAGAUUGCGUUCGGGAGUGGUUUUAAGUGCAACAGUGCAGUUUGGGAGGCGCUUCGGAAUGUCGAGCCAUCUGAAAAUGGUGCUUGGGAGGAUUGCAUUGAUAUGUAUCCUGUGAAAAUUGUCUGAAUAUUUGAUCUCUGUUUUUUAUGUGUUUUUUUUCAAUUAUGUGUUUUGUGUAAGCUAAUCGUUUACUACGAUGGUUGAUUAGUGAUCGAUUUCUGAAAUCGAGAUAC